AUGUCUGCUGCGGCCUCCCCAUCCCCGAGUGAGGGCGAGAGCAAGCGUAGCGAAGUCUCCUACCGAUUCUGUCAAGAAUGCUCGAACCUCCUCUACCCGAAAGAAGACCGCGCGACCUCCACCCUCCUCUACAUUUGCAAGGCUUGCCAUGCGACUUCACAACACGACUCAGCAUGCACCUACCGUCAACAACUCGGCGCCAAUGUUCAAGAGACAGCUGGAACAACCGCUGAUGUUGCACACGAUCCAACGGUGGGUUCUGCUUUCCCUGAGCUGCCCCCUCUCUGUACCCUUUGCGGGGAGCCGUUGAGAUGCAACAAGUGCGGUGACAUCUAG